AUGAAGGACACUGUUACCUUUAUUGGCUUCAACUCGCCAGAAUAUCAUUUUGGUUUGCAUGGAACGUGGUUGGCAGGUGGUAUUACUGCUGGAAUUUACACCACGAACAAAGAGGAUUCCUGCAAAUACGUUUUGUCGCAUUCUGAAACUGUUAUUUGUGUAUGUCAGUCAGGUAAACAGCUUUCGAAGAUUUUAGCCAUCCGUGACCAGUUGCCAAAACUGAAAAUCAUUGUUAGUUACUGGCAAGAUGAGCUUCUUCCCAUAUUUCAUGAUGGAUUUGCUCUGUGUUAUUCCUGGGAAGACUUUUUGAAACUGGGAAUGGAUGUUCCUAGCAAAAUCAUAGAAGAUCGCAUUAAUUGUGUUGUCCCAGGUAGUUGUGCCACGAUUAUAUACACGUCAGGAACUACUGGAGAUCCGAAAGGAGUCAUGUGUUCGCAUGACAAUUGCACGUACAAUGCUUUGGCUGUGAAAGACGUAUUUGGAUUGUGUGGAGUAGAGCGAAUGGUUGGGUUUCUCCCCUUAAAUCAUGUCGCUGCUCAGUAUGUGGAUUGUUUGGUGUUUUUGUACAAUCCAAUGACCAUUUUCAUGGCUGAACCCGAUGCAUUGAGUGGUUCGUUGAUCAACACUCUGAAGAAAGUUCAGCCUACUAUUUUCGUAUCUGUUCCUCGCGUAUACGAAAAAAUGAUGGAGCGAGUCAAAAUCAAGUUAGCAGAGAAGGAGGGACUUGCCUUGAAAUUUGUAAAUUGGGCGCGUCGAGUUGGCACUGCUGCCACUCUUUCUACCCAGUAUAAGCAUAAGCCCAAACAUCCGUUUGGAUAUUGGUUGGCCAACGAAUUCUUCUUCAAGCGAAUACGAGAGGAGUUAGGAUUGUCAGCAGUUCAUAUUGCAGUCGCUUCUGCGGCGAAUCUAACCGAAGAUACUCUUCACUUCUUUGCCUCUUUGAACAUCCCAAUUAUGGAUCUAUUGGGGCAGAGCGAAGGGACUGCGCCUGUGACCACGUGCACCAAUGUAAAUCAGCUGUGGAAGAUGGGAACAGUUGGCCUGCCUUUCCCAGGAGUGGACGUCACAAUCAACUCAGAUAGCGAAAUCAUGUACAGAGGUCGCAAUGUUAUGAUGGGAUAUUUGAAGCAGCCAGAAGAAACCUUCAAAGCAAUUGAUAACGAUGGCUUCUUGCAUACAGGAGAUAUGGGGAGCAUGGAUAAAGAUGGAUUCUUGACGAUUACAGGGAGACUCAAAGAGCAAAUCGUAAACACAAGAGGCGAACGCAUUUCACCUGUUGGGAUCGAGAACCGUAUCAUGGAGCUAUCGCCUAUUAUCAGCAGCUGCAUCGUUGUUGGGGACAAAAGGGAUUAUCUCGCUAUCCUGAUUUGUUUACGAUGCGAUCUGGAUGAGGAAGGAGAAUCGACUCAUCGAUUAACCAAAGAGACUGUUGCGUUUUUGGAAGAACUUGGUACGGAUGUGAAAACGGUGGAGCAGGCCAUACAUGAUAGUACAGUGAAGAAAUAUAUAAAUGGGGUUCUUGGGAAAUAUAAUAAGGGUGUAAGAACCCAGUCACAGGUAAUCCGUAAUUGGUGUAUCCUUUUGAAUGAGUUUACUGUCGGAAAUGGUGAACUGACUGCUACGAUGAAGCUACGAAGACCCGUUAUUCAACAACACUAUGCAAAAGAAAUUGACUCCCUGUAUUAG